CUAUCCUGUGUCAUUCGAAUCGGGUUGAGUGUGGGAGAAACUUUUAUGUGAAGGAGUAAUAAGGAUUAGUUUUGGGAUAGAAGGAACACAGUUAUGGGUGUUUUCGAGUGUUAAGGAUUCAUGAAUUGAAUUGAUGUCGUACUUGAGAUGAUUGACAUGAACUAAAAAAAACCUUAAGCUCAUCGGGUAACUGGUACAGAACAGCGUGAAAAAUAAACUGCACUCAAUUGAGAUAAUUGAGUGUUUCCUGAAUUCGAAUUCGCAUUAUUGUUGUUGGAGCUUUAAGUUUCGCUGCCAAAACGCACAAAUCCCGGAAAACAAUAUAUUAGAAGAUGAACCUUCUAGUUAUUUCGUUCCUGGCGCUGGCGUCGCUAUCCACCUUCCCCACGCAGACCUUUGGAACUCCAGCCGCGGCUGCUGCAGAUGUGUCCUCGCCGAAGAAGUCGCUGGCUGCCGCCGCCGAGGCGGUCAAACCCGUCAACGAUAAUGGGCUGAAAGAAAUCUGGCAGGAGGACGAUCGCGAGGUUCUGAUCCGUAACGAACGGGGCACCAAGAACGGAGGCGCCGGAACCGCUGGUAAGAAAGACCGCAAAAAAGACAAAAACUCCAACUCCUCAUCAUCACAAUCAUCAUCAUCACCCACCUCCUCGUCGGCCACCCUCCAGAAACUCAAACAACAAAACAUAAAAUCCAAACUCGACAACACUAAACAGCAGGCGCAAACUGACUCGCAGUGCCGCUACACAAAGGGACCGUGGACAGAGUGCGACGCCAAGACCAACACUCGUUCCAGAACGCUGGCACUGAAAAAGGGUGAAACGUCCUGCGUCCAGACCCGCACCAUUCAGAAGAAAUGCAAAAAGGCAUGCCGUUACGACAAAGGAGCCUGGUCCGAGUGUGCCCCCAACGGCCAGAUGUCCCGCACCGAUAGUCUGAAAUCGAGCAGCGAUGCCACCUGCCAGUCGACGCGAGUGGUCAACAAAAACUGCAAUCAGGGCAAAUCGAAAGACAAACAGAACAAGCCAGCAAAGGUUGAAAAGAAGGAAAAAGUGCGCAAAUGGAAGCGAAGAUUUGCCAAGAAACAAAAAGAUACCACAGGAGCACAACGAUAGGACAACUGCAACGGUCUCCGCAAGAAUCGCCAGUAAGCGUCUACAGCAUCCUUUUAAAUAAUUCAUCAUCACCGUCACACAAAACCAUAACAACACACAUUGAUCAUCGUGCAACUCCCUCGAAGAAAGCAAAUUCGUGCGCCCCAAAAACACUAAACCUGUUGCUGAUAAUGAGUACUGAUUGCGUUUCAGCGGAUAGUUGCCAAAAAAACUUGAUAAACUGUGAAAUCGAGUUAUACAUCUUCCAGCAACAACAGAGCGGCUUUGCAGUCGAAAGUAACCUAUCAUAAUAGCCCAAGAUAUUACAACAAAAAAUAUAAGAAAAUCAAAUUUUAACUGUGAAGUUUACACACACAAACACCCACACACACACAUGAACAGCGGAAACACGACACACUCAUACACUAACUGACACAAUCAAACCUACGAGUAAACGUUAAUUACGAACUCUUACAUGGAAAAAUAAAAAAAAACAACAAAAGCACAUUCAUAUAUUCGUUUUUAAAAUUGACAUUUGUAAAGUAAGUAAAUUUAAACCAGUUUAUUAAGUUAAAUGGAGAGUAAUAGAGCAACGGAAGAGAAAGCCGAACAUAACUUACGUGUUGAAUAAAAUUAAUUGUAGCUAUUAAACAAGGAUAAAACAAAAUUUCUACUACCAUAAGAAUACAGAAAUGAAACGCAUCCACUACUGGACAGUGGAAACCCGGAAUCUAUGAAGGAAUGAAACAAAAUAUGAAAUUCACCGGAAGCAAACCAACGACAAAUGAAGAAUCGGUAGGAUACUAUAAUCGAAUUAAAAUAGGAAAUAGUACUUUCUCCGUUUCAGACAGCUGCUGGAUUACAAACUCACACUAAAACUACCCGUAAAUUCAAUUGAUUACCUUACCUAGAGAAGCAGAACGCAGCAAUUUCCUAUGCCAAAUUGUAGCGGAAACCUGUAAAAUUCUAUCAUAGUUGAACACGUACCCUAUUCUGACAUUGAAUCGAUUCUGUAGUUUCAUUUAUGUGUGGCCAAUAUUCCGAUUGUUCUCGCUCGGUGGUUUCUCAACGAGCUAAACUCUAUUGUCCAAUAGCGUUAGACAGGUAACAGUGAAAAAUAAACCAUUGGAAUGCCCAUUUCAUCCCCAACACAGCUCAUGUAUGUUUGAUGUUCAACGUUGAAAAUACCUAUGUAAACAGAAACUAAAAACAAAGCAGAUAAACUUAUUGCAAGAGGAAAAAAAACAAACGAAAGCGUAAAGUGGACAAAAUCUGUGUUAAAGUCUAAAGACGCUAAACAAUAAACGGAAAUUUUAACAUAUGUGUUCUGGUUAAUACAAUUAGGGCAAAAAAACAGAUAUUCUACGAACGAACACUUUGGAGUACACAUGAAGAAAUAAAACCAAUAGAGCAGGCCGAACGAAAACUAGUGAAACAGCAGAGAGAUGAAGAUGCGGAAAAACUGUACACGGAAAACAAAAAACAGAAAACAACUAGAUAAAUAUUUAUAAAAAAGAGAAAAGUGAAACCGCAGACAAAACAUAUACACACACACUCUUAGUAUUAUAGUUAAUGUAUAAAUUGUCUCAUUCUACGAAGCUUACGCAAGUGUGAUGGGAAAAAAACCACUCGGAAACCGAUUCGACAGCAAGUGUACUCUGUAUUCGAAGGAUGUUUUUAUUUCGGCAAAUACUCAACCACAAAAACGUUCUUAAUUAGCUCGUGCGUUUAUAUUUCGGCAGCAAUUGGAAAAGAUAUAUAUGCACACGGUUCCCGUGCUAAGAUUAUCAUUUCGACCGUUGUUGCAAACAGUGCUGCUCCAGAAAAUUGAUUUAGACUCAGCUCAUUUUAAUAUAUAUAAAAUAAUUGUAGUUUUAAAAUAUCAAAUUUCUUACUAAAACAUAUUCUUUUGUGAUAUGUUGUAA